CCAACACUCCAACAUAUAUACAGCCUAACAGCUUGCUUCCAUCUCAUGCCUCUCCAAUCCUCUUUCUUCUUCUCCUCCUCCUCAUCUUCUGUCCAUCCCUUUUCCUCUUCUUCCAUCAGAUAUGCAUGGAAAUACGAUGUCUUCAUCAGUUUCAGAGGCCAAGAUACUCGCUAUGGUUUCACUGGCAACCUCUACAAAGCUCUCAGUCGCAAAGGAAUCCACACCUUCUUUGAUGAUGGCGAGCUUCAAAGUGGAGAGAAAAUCACACCUUCACUUCUCAAGGCAAUUCAAGAGUCCAGGAUUGCCGUCGUUGUACUCUCUCCCGACUAUGCUGCUUCUUCUUUUUGCUUAGAGGAAUUGGUCCAUAUCCUUCACUACAUCAAGAGAAACAAUCGGUUUGUUUUCCCGGUUUUCUUUAAUGUGGAUCCUUCUGAUCUGCGCCAUCUGAAAAACAGUUUUGGAGAGGCAAUGGCUAAGCAUGAGAACAGAUACAAGGAUCACAUGAACAACAAGGUAGACACAUGGAAGAAGGCUCUGAAAGAAGUAGCCAAUUUGUCUGGCUAUCAUUUUAAAGAUGGGCAUGGAUAUGAACAUGAGUUUAUUAAAAAGAUCGUGCAAGACAUUUCAAGAAAGAUUGGGCGUCUACCUUUGCCCGUGGCUGACUUCCCGGUUGGACUCGAGUCUCCAGUGUCAAAAGUAAUUUCACUUUUGGAAAUGGAUUCUACUGAUCGAAUUCGCAUGGUAGGAAUACAUGGAAUUGGUGGCAUAGGGAAAACAACACUUACUCUUGCUCUUUAUAAUUUGAUUGCCGACAAUUUUGAAGGUGUGUGUUUUCUUGAGAAGGUGAGAGAAAAUUCACAAAAAUAUGGGUUGGUGCAUCUUCAAAACAAUCUUCUUUGUAAGAUAUUAGGAAAGGAGGGAGUCCAGAUAAUAGGUGUUAAUGAAGGAAUUUCACAGAUACAACGUAGACUCAGUCAAAUAAAAGUUCUUUUGGUUUUGGAUGAUGUUAAUGAGCAUGAACAGUUGACAGCUAUGGUAGGAAAACCUGAUUGGUUUCAUCCUGAAAGCAGAAUCAUUAUUACAACACGAAACAAACAUUUGUUGACACUUCAUGACAUUGAAAGAACAUAUGAGGUACAAGGUUUAAAUAAGAAAGAGUCCUUAGAUUUGCUUCAAUGGAAAGCCUUUAAAACAGAUAUUAUCAACCCAAGGUAUAAAAAUGUUUUAACCCGUGCAGUAACUUAUGCUUCUGGACUUCCAUUGGCUUUGGAAGUAAUAGGUAGUCACUUGUGUGGAAAAACAGUAGAAGAAUGGGAAUCUGCAUUGGAUAAAUUUGAAAGACAUCUUGAUGAUAAAAUACAUGAGAUACUUCGAAUAAGUUUUGAUGCUUUGGAAAAAGAGGAGCAGAGUAUUUUUCUUGAUAUUGCCUGUUGUUUCAAAGGAUAUGAAUUACAGGAAGUUACAGAUCUACUUCAAGCUCAUUAUGGGAGUUGCAUGAAAUAUCAUAUUGGAGUGUUAGUUGAAAAGUCUCUCGUAAAGAAUGAUCAAUUCACAAUAACAUUACAUGAUCUAAUAGAGGAUAUGGGCAAAGAUAUAUGUCGAGAAAAAGUGCCUGGAAAACGUAGUAGAUUAUGGUUUUACAAGGACAUAGUUAAAGUUUUAGAAGAUAAUCAAGGAUCUAGUGCCAUUGAAAUCAUACAUUUAGAAUUUCCUUUAUCAAGAAAGGAAGGAGGUGAAGAUCCAUCGAAAAAAGAGAAAAAUGAUGAUGUAGAAGUAAAAUGGGAUGGAAUAGCUUUUAAAGAGAUGAAAAAUCUCAAAACACUUAUCAUAAAAAAUGGUCGUUUUUCCAGAGGUCCCAAACAUCUUCCAAAUAGUUUAAGAGUAUUGGAAUGGAGGAGGUAUCCAUCGAGAUAUUUUCCGUCUAAUUUUAAUCCAGAAAAGCUUUCCAUACUCAAGUUGCCUGAUUAUCUCUAUAUGUCACCCAAGUUGGAUAGCUUAUCCAAGAUGUUGAUCACCUUGAAAGUUUUGAAUUUUGAUUAUAGUGAUUCUUUGAAAGAGAUACCUGAUGUGCCUAAUCUUCAAACUUUAGAAGAAUUUUCUUUUAAAGGAUGUAGUAAUUUAGUCGGAGUGCACAGUUCAGUUGGUUUUUUACCUAAACUUAAAAUAUUGAAUGCUGAAAAGUGCCCCAAGCUCAGAAGUUUUCCACCUGUUAUUAAUUUGCCCUCACUGGAAACACUCAGUCUAUCUGGAUGCUCAAGCCUUGAGAAAUUUCCAGAAAUUCCAAAAGAGAUGAAAAAUUUAGAAGAGCUUACUUUGAUUGGCACUGGGAUAAAAGAUUUGCCAUAUUCAUUUUGUAAUCUUUCUAAAUUGUGGCAUUUGGAAUUGAAGAAAAAUGAAAUAUAUAGAAUACCAAGUGUCAUUGGCAUGAUGCCACGCCUGUCUUUCUGUAAAAUUAAGUUAGUAGAAAAUAAGGGGAGGGUAUCAGAAGAGCAGGAAGAGGGGCUUCAUGGAAUACUCACUAACUCCCUCCCCUCUUCACGUAUGGGUCAUCUUCAUCUCAUAAACAGCGAUUUGUCAGAUGACUUUUUUCCACUAGCUGUUGCAUGGUUUCCCAAUGUGGAAAAGUUAGAUCUAAGAGGCAAUGAUUUCACAGUCCUUCCUGAAUGCAUCCAACAAUUUCGCUUUGUAUGGCAUCUCAAUGUGGAUGAUUGCAAGCAUCUUCGGGAGAUUAGAGGGAUUCCACCAAACUUGAAAUACUUCUCAGCAGUAAACUGCAAAUCAUUGAGUGAGAGGGGCACAAGCGUGUUACUCAAUCAGAAAGUGCACGAGUGUAGAAGCACCCACUUUAAGAUGCCAGGUGGAAGGAUUCCAAGGUGGUUUGAGUGGCGCAGCAGUGGAGCUUCUAUUUCUUUCUGGUUUCGUGGCACCAUAUUCCCCGACAAUGCUCUUUGCGUUGCAAUUCUACUCAAAGAUGACAUCCCUUCCCCACAUAAAGUAUACCCCAUUGUGACCGUCAAUGGCAACCAAGUUCAACGUCUAUGGAUGACAACAAUGGAUCAAUUAUUUAUUUUUAAUCUGGAGAGAAGUUAUGGUGAAGCACUAAAUUUUGGAAGAGGAUGGAAUCAUGCGAAGCUUUCAUAUACAGCAUUUAUGGGUGAGGAAAAGGUCCCAAGUGAGUCAAUUGCAAAAGAGAUUGGAAUGCACGUAUUCAAGCAAGAGAGUAGUUGUAUAAUGGAAGAUAUUCGAUUCACUGAUCCAUACAAAAUGACACAACUAAUUAUAAUGAUGAUCAUACUCUCAAUAGCAUUCCCCAACCAUAAGAAGCACCCCUUGCUCCUCCAAACAUGCAUUGGGUUGUGGACAUUGUUGUUUCUAACACACAAUUUUCUUGGAUAAAUAACUGUCAAUUAGGAAGGAGGGUAGGGAGGAUUCGAUAUCAGCAUCCGCGCAGCUAUAUGGUUGUGAUGCUUCCCUUGCUUCUGCUUGUUUGAUUCAAUAUGAAAUAGAGAUGACCAUUGAAUAUGUUACUUGCUACUUUGACAACUCUUUUGUAUUAUACAUUUAUAUAUUGAAUCAUUCUGAAUGUGUAACAUAAUGCUAUUGCAAGCCAAAUAGAUAACCCUAUUACCCACUGUCAACUUGAAUCUGUAUGCUUUGGUUUAUCUUAACUCAUUGAUUUAUAGGCUCAAGAAGAUAAAUGUUUUUGAACCCUGAUUUUUGUGGCAUCAGUCAAACACAUUAUGUUGCAUCAAUUAAUAU